AUGGCUGAUCGAAUGAAACGGCUACAUAAAGAGUUACGGAAACUGAAGACUCGUUCCCGUUUUGGUGGCGCAUCCAUUGGUGCCUCUAUCCGUCCUGAGGCAGCUGCAUCGUCAUCAGGUACUAGCAGACGGUCUAAGGUUUCUACCGAAGAAACUGAUGAUUGGGUUGUGACAGACGACGUACCUGGCAGGCCAUGUGAUGGGUCAGUGAUUCCUAGUUUUCUUGGCCACACUGCUUAUCAGUUGUGGAAUGGAGAACCAAGAGAUUACCUGACGAUGAAGCCAAGAAGAGUUUGUCUAGAUUGCAUGGAUGUUAUGCGAGGAGUGGGGGGCAGGAUCAGUGCUUCGCUUAUGAAUGAGCUGCACGGAGGUAUCGACAAUAUUGCAGAGUACUCCUGGGGAUCCGGUACACUAGCAUUCCUCUACCGUCAGCUUGGUAUUGCUAGUCGAGCAGGGUGUACCACGAUGGCUGGUUGUAUGACCCUUCUCCAAGCAUGGAUAUAUGAGUAUUUUCCAUGCUUCCAGCCCUCCAAGAGGCGAGGACGUCGAGGUGUUGAUGGUUGGCCCAGAGCCCGAGACUGGACACCAGUUAGCUAUAAGGGCCCGAAACCUAUUCAUAGUCGUCUCCAACAGAUUCGUACGCAGCUCGACGUGAUGACUGAGCAAGAGGUCGAAUGGGAGCCAUUUGGUCGCGAACAGGCGGUAGCAUAUCCGAGGACCAUCUUCAGUGGGUGGAUUAUGUACCACGACUUCCAGGAGCCAUACAUGCCGGAGAGAGUGAUACGCCAGCUCGGUUACGUGCAGUACAUACCUCGUGCGCCGCUCACGCCGGUAACUCAGUUUCGCGGGAAAAAUGCGCACAAGUAUUUAGUUGAUCAUCCGAUUGCCGAGACAUGUAACUGUUGGGUUAGAUUUCUGGAGUCGGAGUGCAUCAACCUCAGUCAUUGUGUGCCGGUAUCGUCCACUGAGGUAGGACAGGCAGCUGCAGAUUACCUCGACUGGUACAGGAGCCAUUCACAUCCAUUUCUACUGCCGGACUCCGUACCGUCUACAUCACGCAUCCCAGGGAAGAACUGCACCACUUACUGGAUGCGUGAGAUGGAGAAGUUGACUCGAGGUUGCAUCGACGAUUUGAAGAAACUCGAUUUGGGUCUUGGUGAGGAGUGGGAUACUCGCCUGGAUGAUGUCAUCUUCCGGCACAGUCAGGCCCCAUGA